UUCACAGAGACCGCCAUUCGAGUGAAACAAACAAUUCUGUGACCUUUUGGAUUCUCUCUCUACCCGCCUCUCUACAGUCGUUGGUGGGGGGAUUCUAGGGUUUCUGCGCCAUCCGCUAUCCGUUUUUAGCAGCAGAGAGCUGUGAAUCAUCCAUGGCGUCUUCGUCGGCCAAUCUCUGGGUGUUGUUGGGGCUGGGCUUGGCCGGAAUCCUGAUAGUCACGAGGCGGCUAAAGAAAGCGGUGAAGGAAGAUUUUGGAGCAUUUGUGGAGAGGUUUCAGCUACUCCCUCCUCCUCAGCCCGCUCCUCCCAAAGCCCCUCACCCAUUGACUGGCCUCACCUUCGCCGUUUCGGAUGUAUUUGAUGUUGAAGGAUUUAUAACUGGUUUUGGCCACUUAGACUGGGUACAGACACAUGAAAUUGCUUCUCGAACUUCUCCUGUUGUUUCAGCUCUUGUUGACAGUGGCGCUACAUGUGUUGGGAAAACAGUCGUGGAUGAAAUGGCAUAUAGUAUCAGUGGAGAAAAUAAGUAUUAUGGCACACCUACCAAUCCUGCUGCUCCUGCAAGAAUACCAGGAGGAUCAUCUUGUGGAGCUGCUGUAGUUGUGGCUGCCAGUCUUGCUGACUUCUCCUUAGGAAUCGAUACGGAUGGUGGUGUGAGAGUCCCUGCUGGAUUUUGUGGUGUGUUGGGGUUUCGACCCUCAUAUGGGGCUGCGUCUCAGAUUGGGAUUAUUCCCGUCUCAUCAAGUUUUGACACCGUUGCAUGGUUCGCAAAGGAUCCCAGUGUUCUCCGUCGUGUUGGGCACGUGCUGCUGCAACUGCCAUUUGCAGUUCAACGUAAUCCUAGGAAUAUUAUUAUAGCUGAUGAUUGUUUUCAAUUACUAAAGAUACCUGGUGAUCAUGUUGCCCAGACGGUGAUUAAAUCCACUGAAAAGCUAUUUGGGAGACAAGUUCUGAGGCAUGAAAAUCUUGGAGAAUAUUUGGAUUCUAGACUUCCUAGCUUGAAAGCCUUUUACCAGGAGAAGUCAAAUGGUGAAGCAAAAUAUUGUUCCUUAAGAUCACUAGCAAAUGUCAUGGAAUUAGUUAAAAGGCACGAGUUCAAAAAGAACCAUGAAGAGUGGGUCAGCUCAGCAAAGCCUACUUUAAAUCCUCUUAUUGCUGCACAAAUACUUGAAAAGUUGGAGAUGUCAGAUAAGGAGAUUGAGGAAUGUCAUACAAUAAGGAACAAGAUGCGUGCAACCUUGAACUCUUUUCUAAUGGAUGAUGGUAUAUUGGUGAUCCCUACAGUUGCUGACCCUCCUCCAAAGCUGGGUGGGAAGGAGGUUUUGUCCUCUGAUUACCUGCGUCGUGCAUUUAGUUUGUUGAGUUUGGCUAGCGUGUCAGGUUGUUGUCAGGUCACUAUACCGCUGGGAUUUCAUGACAAAUGCCCAGUUUCCGUUUCUCUUAUUGCUAGGCAUGGAGGUGAUCGGUUUUUGCUAGACACUGCACAGAUCAUGUAUGCUUCCCUGCAGGAGCAGGCUGAUCUAGUUGCUAAGUCCAAAAUAUCUGCUAAAGUAGUCAGCCAGGAAACAUCUGCUGAGAUAGCUAAAGAAAAGGGUAACCAAGCAUUCAAAGAGAAACAGUGGCUGAAGGCAAUCGGCUUUUAUUCAGAAGCCAUCAAACUCAGCAAUGGCAAUAAUGCAACAUACUUUAGUAAUAGGGCUGCAGCUUAUCUGGAAUUAGGAAGCUUCAUCCAAGCUCAAGAUGAUUGUACUAAGGCCAUCAAUCUAGAUAAAAAGAAUGUAAAAGCGUAUCUGAGAAGAGGCACAGCUAGAGAGAUGCUUGGCUUUUAUAAAGAGGCCAUUGAAGAUUUCAAAUAUGCACUUGUUCUUGAGCCGACCAACAAAAGAGCAGCCACCUGCGCUGACAGGUUAAGGAAGUUGUUUCAGUAGGUUGUCGAAGUGUGCAAGCAGGCUGGCAAGGCUUUGAGGGUUGCAGCCAAAACCCAUCAGCUUCGGGUGCUUCACCUCCAGCGUGGGGAUAGGGACAUUUCCAGUCUCAUACGAAGCUUCGGACACCUCCCCAAAUGAAAUUUCUGCCAGCAUUCUGAGUCUCAUGAAAGGAAUCAUUUGUUGUUUCGCUAGCCGUUUGAUGAUCCAAAGUUAUAUUUGUUUGGUUGAAUCACCAACCAUUAGAUCAUCCCUUUGGUUAUUUUGUUUUCAUGGUUUAUAAAUGUAGUCCUAAGUUUUGAUUCUCUAAUGUCUGGUGCUCCAGAGGUGUGAUUUUAGCAUCAAAUUGAGGCUUUUAUGUUUGUCCCUCUUUGAUUAUGGUAGUAACAUACGAGAAAAUGAAUUUUGUGCUUCAUUUUUGACUGUUCACUAUUGAACAAUGGGGACUUCUACUAUUUGUUUAGGUGAAGGAUGGCAAUGAUUAUUUAGCAUCCACAGGGCAGGGAUUUGCUCAUUACACUUUCAUGAAGGGUUAAUCAAGAAAAUAAUUUUUUUUUUCUGUAAAUUUAUACAAUAACAAUAUAUUUUGUCUUUAUCCCAUUAUGUGGGAUUAGUUAUAAGAAUUUUAGACUUUUAUG